AUGAGCGGCGGCGGUGCCGUCCGGAGCACAGCGGCGAGAGCACGGCUGGCAGUGCGGCUGCUGGCGGUGCUCAGCUGCGUCCUGUCAGCGGAGGCCCAGCUCACAGGAGUUCUAGAUGAUUGUUUAUGUGACAUAGAAAGCAUCGAUGACUUCAAUACUUUCAAGAUCUUCCCCAAAAUACAGAAACUGCAAGAACGUGAUUACUUCAGAUAUUACAAGGUCAACCUGAAGAGACCAUGUCCAUUUUGGGCCGAUGAUGGUCAUUGUUCUAUCAAAGAUUGUCAUGUAGAGCCUUGUCCUGAGAGCAAAAUACCUGUUGGAAUUAAAGCUGGGAGCUCUAAUAAAUAUUCAAAAGUGGCAAAUAAUUCCAAAGAACUGGAAGACUGUGAGCAAGCUAACAAACUGGGAGCAGUUAACAGUACCUUAAGUAACCAAAGUAAGGAGGCUUUCAUUGACUGGGCAAGAUACGAUGAUUCACAGGAUCAUUUUUGUGAACUUGAUGAUGAGAGAUCUCCAGAUGCACAGUAUGUGGAUUUGCUGCUGAAUCCAGAACGUUACACUGGAUACAAGGGGCCUUCUGCUUGGAGAGUGUGGAACAGCAUCUACGAAGAAAACUGCUUCAAGCCUCGAUCUGUCUAUCGUCCUUUAAAUCCACUGGCGCCUAGUAGGGGAGGAGAUGAUGGAGAAUCUUUCUACACAUGGCUAGAAGGUCUUUGCCUUGAGAAAAGAGUGUUUUAUAAACUCAUUUCUGGACUUCAUGCUAGCAUCAACUUGCAUCUGUGUGCAAAUUAUCUUCUUGAAGAAACAUGGGGGAAGCCUCGCUGGGGACCGAACGUGAAAGAGUUCACUCGCCGCUUUGACCCUAUUGAAACAAAAGGAGAAGGACCAAGGAGGCUCAAAAACUUGUAUUUCUUAUAUUUGAUAGAGCUGCGUGCUUUGUCAAAGGUUGCACCGUACUUUGAGCGUUCAGUUGUUGACCUUUACACUGGAAAUGGCCAUGAGGAUGCUGAAUCUAAAGCGCUCUUACUAGAUAUCUUCAGGGAUACAAAGUCCUUCCAUAUGCACUUUGAUGAAAAGUCCAUGUUUGCUGGAGAUAAAAAAGGAGCCAAGUCAUUAAAGGAAGAAUUCAGAUUGCAUUUCAAGAACAUAUCACGCAUAAUGGAUUGUGUUGGAUGUGAUAAAUGCAGGCUGUGGGGCAAACUGCAGACUCAAGGCUUAGGAACUGCUCUGAAGAUCUUGUUCUCUGAGAAAGAAAUACAGAGCCUUCCUGAGAAUAGCCCAUCAAAAGGUUUUCAACUCACACGUCAAGAAAUAGUUGCUCUUGUAAAUGCCUUUGGAAGGCUUUCCACAAGUAUAAGAGAGUUGCAGAAUUUUAAAGUUUUAUUACAACAAACUAGGUAAUGAAGGCCUUUGCACAACCCAUCAGUGAAGACCAUUUACAUGACUGCAUUGAGCAGAAGGAACUGAUCCUUACAGGACUCAUAUGAACUGAUAAAAAGUAAAAUCAAAUACCAACUUGAAUAUUUAUGUUUCAACUAGGAAUGGUUAUUAAUUAGAGAAGAUAUUUAUGAAUUAAAUAUAUAGUUUUUAAAUGUGUAAAUUAUGCUGAUCUGUUUAUUUUUUAAGUUCUCUGCUCACAGUUCUGUUGUACUGAGACUUCAUAAAUUUUCUUUAUUUCCUUGUCUUUUUGAGACAGUUGUUUUAUAUGAAAACAUAUGUACCUCCACCCUGACUUGGCCUGUCCUAAGAGAGGUGGUUCACCUCUCGCUUCUCCCCAGUACUGAGCUUCAGUAUAUUCUGAGGGUUGGGUAUGCUGAUUCUGGCUGUCUAAAAAAAAAAAAAAAAACCAAACAAAAAAACCCCAAAACCAAAACAAAACAAACCCACCACCAAACAGAAAAGGAAAUAAGGCUCUUGUUGAGUUGUGACUUCUUACUGUAAUAAUGAAACUUACUUAAAUAGGAAAUUUACUGAGCAGAAAAUUUUAUUUCAUACUGAGCUCCUUUGCAUCAUGCCGAUAUCAACGUUUUUUCCUUAUGUGCUGCUUUUCAGAAUUUCCUUUUUUCUUUAAAGUAACUACCUUGUCUCUGAUGCAGCACAGUUGGAAGUGACUUUUCUGCAGCCCCUUGGCUACCUGCAUUUGCUUGGGGGGUGGGGCUAAGGGCAGGGGGAGAUGGUUAGUGGAGUGCUGCUAGCUGAAAAGCCUCUGUCAAUCAAAUUUGCAUCUAGCCCAUUUUGUUUUCUCGAUUGUAAUCACAAGUUCAGUUUCCAGAAAUUGUCUUUUUAAUAUCCAAAAUGAUAAAAUAGCACACUUCAAUCUUUGAGCUGUGGAAAUAGAUUUGCUUUUCAUGGGUUAUGUUUUAGUGCUAUGUUAAAAGGUCAGCGCAAAAAGUAAGAACUUGUUUUUGUAGUCACUUUUAAAAAAAGAUGCUUUUUAAAAUUCAUAAUCACACUGACAUUUAAUACCACAUACUCUAUCUAUGCAACCCCUAACUGUAUCUUCUUUAAAAGGAUAUUCAGCUUAAUAAAACGGGUAUGUUAAUAACGUAACUUUCAUAAAACAAGAAAUUACUUGUAUAUCAUUGUCCACAAAUGUCAAUGAUAAAUUACCAUCGUCCAAAACAGAAUUCAGAAACAGCACUACUGAUUAGUAGCAACCAAAUAUUGGUUUAAAUUUAAAAUGAAGUAAUAAUUUUUUUAAAACCAGCAUGUUUCAAAGUUAGGAGUGAUGAAUGUAGGAGGUGCUGGUACAGUGU